GAUAUAAACGAAGCACUUGGUAUUAGUGGGAGGAGCUGCUACCGCUGGCGAUGGAUAUUCGAGGAGUUCGGUGCUGUCACGAGGCCUCUAUCUCCAGUCACCGGCCGUACUCGAACAAUUACACGUGCACUGUUGACUGCAGUUGAAGAUAUCUUUGCUGUAGAUUCCGACCUCUUCCUUGACGAGGUCUGCACAUGGCUUGCACUCAGGCACGAUAUCAUUGUCAGUACUUCCACCCUAUCGCGCAACCUCAAAGAAGCUGGUCUCACACACAAGACCCUUCGAAAACUUGCUUCCGAACGUGAC